UCUGACGUGAAGCGUCACAUACAACGUCAUUGACGUCACAUAAAUGGCUGCCUCCACAACAUAGGACCAUGCAUGCUCCCGACGUUUAUACCUUUAUUUUAUAAAUGCUUAUUUUAAACACGGGGAUUUAAGAUGACAUCAACCGAGGAGAUAACGGUGAUUGACGUGGGGGAAAAGGAGGGUGCCAAGAUGUCACAGAAUACAGAGAUGAGUGAGAAUGUUUUCAAGAUCACAUCAACAGAGGAGAUAAAGCUGAUUGACGUGGGGGAAAAAGAGUGUGAGAAGAUAUCACAGAAUUCAGAGAUGAGUGAGAAUAUUCCGGAGCAACAGGAAAUUUCCAAGCAGACUUCCACAGAGGACUUGGCCGAGCAGGUGGUUCCUUGUGCUGAAGCAAGACAGGAAGAAGCAGAAGAAAAGGUUCCAGAGACCGAUCUGUUUACUGAGCGAGAGAGCGAGGAGAACACAGCUGAGACUCUUUCCAAGGAAAAGCUAGAGGAAGAAGUGGCAACUGAGGAAAAGCAGGUGGAGAAGGAGGCUAAGGAGGAGGAGGAGGACGACGAAAACGACGACGACGGCAGUGGUGAAAAGGAUGUUGAUGAUGGUGAAGAGGAGACGGAGAAAGAGCCCAAGGCCACGCAGGGAAAAAAGAAAAUGGCUUUGCGUGAACCAAAGAAGGAUAACUCUUCGCGGAUGAACCUCAACAACGAGGUGGUAUUGAUGAGGAAGGAGGUGAGCAGGGUAAGGGGGCUGCUCAUCAGGAAGUUGACGCGACAGAUCGCUGCUCUGAAGAAGAAGAAGGGAAAAGAGAACGAGGUGCAGAAGAACCAGAGGAGAGCCGAACGAAUGGUGGAAGAGAUCCAUGAGAUGAAGGCCCUUAAACCAGACGUGGUGACCAAGAUAGCCUUGCAGCAGGAGAUCCAAUUUGAUGUGGUUUGUAGAAACCCAGCCUCUUCGGUUACCGACCGAGCCAUUGCCAGAAUAGCCAGCCACCCUCAGUUCAGCAAGAGGAUUGCGACUAUUAAAUUAGCUGUGAAAGCUUUCAGGGAGGAAAGGUCUAAAAAAGGAAGGGGUAAACCUAAGAUUGCAGAUGCUGAUGAACUAACACAAAGAAAGAAAAUGGAGGAGGAAGAGGAGAGUAAAGAACAGGAAAUGGUUGGCUGUGAGGAGAAGGAAGAAAUAGGGGGCGACGGUUCUGAAGUGACCACUACUCAAAACAGAGACUUGUCUGGGGUUUCAGGGAGCCGAAAAAUUGGUAAGGUUACCGAGCCCUUGAAAAAAGGAAUGCCGAGAAACCGCAAAUCCGCAGUGAAUAAAACACAACAGAGUAAAGUUAUGGAAAAGAAGACGAAUCACACUACUGCAAAAGAAAAGACUGUGGCCAUGGAAGACGACACCGGAAAGAGUUGCUUGGAAAAAUGCAAGGUAGUCUUUCACAUAAAGUCACCACCACCAUCGGAGGGCGCUAAAGCCAUGGACGAUGCCAGCCACAUGGUUGUGAAAAUUGACACACAUAGUAAGGUCACCGAGAAGAAGAGAGAGGUCACCAUCUCAAAGCAGCCCACCGCAUCAUUAGAGGGAGCAGGUGAAGAGGAGUCAGACGAUGACGCCAUAGAAGUGUCACUACACAAGGGUUCAUCACUGUCAAAGAGUGACCUGAAAGUGCACCAAGGAGUGGAGGAAAAAGACGACGACGACGAUGAUGAUGAUGAUGAUGAGGACGACGACGACGACAGUGAUUUGCAGUCUGAUGAGGAUGAGGAGUCCAACAGUAUGAGGUCACCAGAGAGUGACAAUGGCUCUGAGGAGGAAACGUCGACCAAGUACUCUGAGGCCAAGGAUCUUAAGAAACCACUGAGCAAAGUGGGGUACAAAAGACCAAAUCUUAAGCCUGACCUUGAAUCAAAUCAGAAAAUGUCAGGUGACGACGACGAGAGCGACAUAGAGUCCUCUGACGAGGAAGCACCAAAGGAGUACUUUGACGACAGCACAGAGGAGCGUUUCCACAAGAGGUCCUCUCAGUCGGAGAGUGAUGGCGACGAUGACUUCUUCUUAGGAAAAGUGAGCAAGUUCAAAAAGAAGAAGAAGAAAACGAAGAGCGGGGUGAAGGACACCCCUUCAGAACCAGAGAGCCCUGCUGAGCUGGAGCCACGUCCCAGUGAUUCCCAAGGGUCCAAGUUUACAUCUGUCUUCUGCCAGUCCCUUUCCCGGUCAGAGAGCGGUGAUGGUGAUGGUGAUGGGGGCAGACAGGGGUUCGGUGGCAGAGGCAGAGGAGAUAGAUUCGGUGGCAGUCGGGGAAUGAGGGACGGUAGAGGUCGGGGGAUGAGAGGCGGUGGCCGUGGGGGGAUGAGAGGUGCUGGCCGUGGUGGAUUUGACAGCAGGCCUCCCAGGUUCAAUUCCCGGGAGAGAGGGGACACCGGAGAAUCCGAUUUCAGCAACGCGAAACGUGACUUUAAAAGUAGACCUUUCGGAUCCAAAGACCGGGGAAGGGACUUCACUGCGAGAGGAAGGGAAAGGGAAAGUGGAGGUGGUCGGGGAAGGGGCCGUGGUUCCAGACUACCAGAUCGCAGUCGUGCAGGUUUUAAUUCCAAUCAGCCAGAAGGGCAGUCCCUGCAUCCAUCAUGGGAAGCCAGCAAGAAGAGGAAAGAGCAAGGACAAAUCCAGGCUUUCCAGGGGAAGAAGAUUAGGUUUGAUGAUGAUUAAAGGUGUCGUCAAUUAUCUUGUCCUUGUGGUGUAAUUUUGAUUCAACAACUAGUUUACUAUGAAAUAUUUAGGAUGUCACUUGGUAAACGGCCUGGUAAACUUUUGUGGUUAAAUGAAAGGAAAAGGCACAGCCCCACGUGGUCGAUAAAGCCUAAAAAUUAUACUCUUUAUUCUUUACACUUUUCUUUUUUGUGUUCCCAACGUUAAAUUGGCAUGAUUGAACCUUCAACCAAAACCUUUGAAAAAAUACUGUGAAAACAGUAGUAGGCUACCUGUUCUAUAAGUAAGAUAAAUAAAGUUUACCAUCUUACCACCGACAUUGGCCUACAUGCAUUGCUACGUUUAUUCGUAUGGCUAUAAUUGAUUUUUUUUGUAUAAAAAAAUAUUGUAAUGUUUCUAAUAAAAUGUUCUCGUUA